UUGAAAAACUUCCGGCGGGAACCGGAAGGUGCGGUGCCACACAGAAUCCCGGGUGUUCUGACGAGCCCGGCGGGAAGAUGUCAUCAUUGCCAAGAAGAGCAAAAGCACAGGUUCAGACUGUGGUAUUGAAAGAUGAAUUCUCUUCCUUCUCUGAGUUAUCAUCUGCCUCUGAAGAAGAUGACAAGGAAGAUAGUGCCUGGGAGCCCCAAAGGAAAGUUCCUAGAACCCGUAAGCAGCCUGCUCCCAAGGAAUCCAAACCAAAGAGGGUACCUCGGGUGAAGAAGAAUACCCCACAGAUCAGUGCUGGCACAGAAGGCAUUUCUGUUAAGGAGGAGCUGAAUAGCUCUGUGGCUAUUGCUGAAGGUGAUUUGGAAGACAGAAAAAAUAAAUUGGAUACUGUACAGACACUGAAAACAGCAAAGACAAAACGGAAAAAUUCAGCUCAGUCAUUUUCAGCUCCAAGGACCAAAAAGCUGAAAGUUGAUGAAGAAACCAGCAAAGCCGGCAAUUUAGAGGGUGGGAAUAACAGCACAGAGACACCGUCCACAAGCACCAUGUGGGAAGGUACAUAUAAGAAGGAAGAGAAUGAAGAUGACUUUACGUUUGGUCAGUCCCCUUUAAAGAAAAUGAAGACUGAAAUGUGUCCUCAAGGGCAGCCUGUCAAGUUUCCACCAAAUGCCAGCAAUAUUAAAGAGGAGGUAGAAAUGAACUGGGACAUAGUACAGGUUUUAUCUGAGAGAACUAAUAUUGAACUUUGGGUGUGUGCCAAUAUCAUUCGUCUCUUUAAUGAUGAUAACACAAUUCCCUUCAUUAUACGUUAUCGAAAAGAGCUCAUUAAUAAUCUUGAUGCUGAUUCUUUGAGAGAAGUUCGACAAACACUAGAAGAGCUACGGGCUGUUGCAAAGAAGGUUCAUAAUACAAUCCAGAAAAUUAAGAAGGAGGGGAAGAUGUCUGAGUGCUUGUUAAAAACCUUGCUAAACUGUAAAACUUUUGAAGAACUAGAACAUGUGUCUGCUCCAUAUAAAACUGGGAGCAAAGGCACUAAAGCGCAGAGAGCAAAACAGUUGGGAUUAGAAGGAGCAGCCAGGACACUGCUUGAGAAUCCAGGGGCGCUCAAUCUGCUCUCUUACGUUAGACCUGUUGUUAAAGGGCUUUCAACACUCCAGGAUAUUGAAAUAGGAGUACAGCAUAUUUUAGCAGACAUGAUUGCUAAAGACAAAGACACGCUUGAUUUCAUUCGGAAAUUGUGCCAAAAUAGAUACAUUUGUAUCCAGUCAUCUCUGGCAAAAGUGUCCUCAAAAAAGGUAAAUGAGAAAGACGUUGAUAAGUUUCUUCUCUACCAGAAUUUUUCAUGCAACAUAAGAAACAUCCAACAUCAUCAGAUUCUGGCAAUUAACCGUGGAGAAAAUUUGAAGAUCCUGACAGUUAAGGUCAACAUUUCUGAUGGAGUGAAGAAUGAAUUCUGUAGGUGGUGCAUCCAAAACAGGUGGAGACCACGUGGUUUUGCAAGGCCAGAGUUAAUGAAGAUCUUACAUAAUUCACUGGACGAUUCCUUUAAACGCCUUAUUUAUCCUCUUCUCUGUAGAGAGUUCAGAGCUAAACUAACAUCAGAUGCAGAGAAAGAGUCAGUAAUGAUGUUUGGACGGAACCUUCGUCAGCUCCUUUUAACAAGCCCUGUUCCAGGACGCACCUUAAUGGGAGUGGAUCCUGGUUAUAAACAUGGUUGCAAAUUAGCUAUAAUUUCUCCUACCAGUCAGAUACUUCAUACCGAUGUGGUUUACUUGCAUUGUGGACAAGGCUUCCGAGAGGCAGAGAAAAUAAAGAGGCUUUUGCUGAAUUUCAACUGCAGCACAGUGGUGAUUGGAAAUGGAACUGCUUGCAGGGAAACAGAAGCUUACUUUGCUGACCUGAUAAUGAAAAAUUACUUUGCACCACUGGAUGUUGUUUACUGUAUCAUCAGUGAAGCAGGAGCAUCAAUCUACAGUGUCAGCCCUGAAGCUAACAAAGAGAUGCCUGGGCUGGACCCUAAUUUGAGAAGUGCAGUUUCCAUAGCAAGACGUGUACAAGAUCCAUUAGCUGAGCUAGUGAAAAUUGAGCCGAAGCACAUUGGAGUUGGAAUGUAUCAGCAUGAUGUAUCCCAGACUUUACUCAAGGCAACACUGGACAGUGUUGUAGAAGAAUGUGUCAGCUUUGUGGGAGUGGAUAUUAACAUCUGUUCAGAAGUUUUGUUAAGGCAUAUUGCAGGACUUAAUGCAAACAGGGCCAAAAAUAUUAUUGAAUGGAGAGAGCAAAAUGGGCCCUUUAUCAACCGAGAACAACUGAAGAAAGUGAAAGGGCUAGGUCCAAAAUCCUUCCAACAGUGUGCUGGCUUCAUCAGAAUCAACCAGGAUUAUAUCCGAACAUUUUGCAGUAGUCAGCAAACUGAGUCUUCAGGCCAAAUUCAAGGAGUUGUGACAUCUUCAGCAGGUGUUGAGGUCACAAAUGAGAAGCAGGGCAAAAAGAAGAGCAAAACUACAGUGAAUGUUUUACUGAAGCCAAAUCCUUUGGACCAAACUUGUAUUCAUCCAGAAUCAUAUGACAUAGCAAUGAGGUUUUUAUCAUCUGUUGGAGGGACAGUCCGUGAGAUUGGAAAGCCUGAAAUGCAACAAAAAAUAAAUUCAUUCCUUGAAAAAGAAGGAAUAGAGAAGAUUGCAGAAAGAUUACAAACAACAGUCCAUACUUUACAGGUGAUCAUAGAUGGUCUCAGCCAGCCUGAAAGUUUUGACUUUCGAACAGAUUUUGAUAAGCCUGAUUUCAAGAGAAGCAUAGUGUGCCUGGAAGAUCUGCAGGUUGGGACAGUUCUUACGGGCAAAGUCGAAAAUGCCACUCUGUUUGGAAUUUUUGUGGAUAUAGGAGUGGGGAGAUCAGGGCUGAUUCCCAUACGAAAUGUAACAGAAGCAAAACUUUCUAAAACAAAGAAGAGAAGGAGCCUUGGACUGGGCCCUGGAGAAAGAGUGGAAGUCCAGGGCAGGAAGAAGAGAAAAAGGAAAGUGAGCCCAGGAAGCAGUGAAAGCACAUGCAAAGAGCUACGUUACUGAGCUGGUUGCAGCCUUGUAAGGAAACGUUGCCAGUUUCUUAGUCACCAGGUUGUCUUGGAGGAAGUUGUGUGGAACGAUGGAAUGAAGGUAGGAAAGAAGAGUUUAUUUGCUGUCUCCUUCCUUCUUUCUCACUGAUCAGUGUUCAUCUUACCAGGCAUUGAUUCCCCCAUACUUGCAGGUUUUAUUACUUGGCUUCUGCAGACAGCUGCUAAGGAAGUGGAUGUGGUUAGAUCAGACCAUUGUGCUGGAGCUACUUUAGAUCACAGCAGGUAAUUACAAAAUUACAGCAGGCUUGAUGGAGGCCAUUCUAAAAAGUCUGGUCCUCACCCCUGACUCCCAGCUGAGGUGAAAGCACGCAGUGUGACUGCAGUAGCAACCAGGCUUCCCACAGAGCAAUUGGCUGAGGAUGGGAGUGGGGUGAUGCAGGCGAGGCUGAGUGAAUCUGGGGAGCCUCAUAAACAGGUCCAGCGUAGCCUUUGGAGCAUUAGCAUUGAGGUUGUUCCAGGCAGCUUACGUGAACUGUCCCCCACCACCCCAGUUUUUCCUCCAGUCAUCCCUUACUCCUGUACUUGUGGAACUCAGUCUAACCCAGGCUACCCAACCAGCUCCUAGGCAAGCCAGCCUCAGAAUAUGCUCAUCCAUGGCCUUACAAUUGUAGCAGCACUGGGUGACCAGGUGCCAAAAUGUCUCUAUUCCUUCAUUGUUUACAUGACUCCCUUGAAUCACUUCUGUCCCACCUAGACCUCUAAGAGCACUGAGCAGCAGCUGCACAUCCAUUAAAGAAAGAAAAUUAGAAAUUCAGAGCAGUGAGAUCUGUCUGGCUCAUGGAGAGUUUGGCUCCUGUGUGAUUGAUACUGGAAGCGGUUGUGGUUGAAAAUGGACGUGAGUCAGGGGCCAAGAAAACUCAAACUGACAAUUGGCCCUUAACCCAACACAUCUUUCAAAAAGGAAAAUAUAUCCUCCAUGCCCCUCCUCAUCCCCAAGAUAAAAACAUCAAAAACCCUAGGAGAGGAUAUGCAAAACUAAACUGUGUAUGUCUAAUUUGACAAAGGGUUAUUUAAAAAUAAAUUGCUCAGGGCAAAGCACAGAUCAAGAGAGUUCCUUUGGUCUUUGGCCAACUCCUCACUAAUAUAGUCUGCUGGCCCCGGUGAAUAGGGCCAGGACCAAAGAAAAUAGUCUGCAGUAUAAACUUUUGCCUCCAGAAACUUUACCUUGCUCUCGUUUUUUUAAACAGCUUUAUUGAGAUGUAAUUCACAUACCAUGCAACUCACCCAUAUAAAGGGUACAAAUCAAUGGUUUUUAAUAUACCGUGUUUCCCCGGAAAUAAGACCUACCCAUAAAAUAAGCCCUAGUAAGAU